CGGGGGAGGCGCCGCGCCGACGCGAGGCCCAUGGCCAGGACCACCAGCCAGCUGUAUGACGCGGUGCCCAUCCAGCCCAGCGUGGUGUUAUGCUCCUGCCCGUCCCCAUCCAUGGUGAGGACCCAGACUGAGCCCGGCACGGCCCCUGGCGCUCCCGGCGGAGGGAGGCAGGGCCCCGCCAUGGACGGCACGGCGGCCGAGUCCCGGCCCGGCGGCGCCUCCCUGCAGCACGCCGCGCAGCCGCCACUGCAGCCUCGGAAGAAACGGCCCGAAGAUUUCAAAUUCGGGAAGAUUCUUGGCGAAGGCUCUUUUUCCACAGUUGUCCUGGCCCGAGAGCUGGCGACCUCCAGAGAAUACGCUAUUAAAAUCCUAGAGAAACGGCACAUUAUCAAAGAGAACAAGGCCCCGUAUGUAACCAGGGAGAGAGACGUCAUGUCGCGCCUGGACCACCCCUUCUUCGUCAGGCUGUACUUCACCUUCCAGGAUGACGAGAAGCUUUAUUUUGGCCUUAGUUACGCCAAAAAUGGAGAAUUACUUAAGUACAUCCGCAAAAUCGGCUCCUUUGACGAGACGUGCACGCGCUUCUACACGGCCGAGAUGGUGUCGGCGCUGGAGUACCUGCACGGCAGGGGCAUCAUCCACAGGGACCUGAAGCCGGAGAACAUCUUGCUGAAUGAGGACAUGCACAUCCAGAUCACAGACUUCGGGACCGCGAAGGUGCUGUCCCCGGAGAGCAAGCAAGCCAGGGCCAACUCCUUCGUGGGCACGGCCCAGUACGUCUCUCCAGAGCUGCUCACAGAGAAGUCGGCCUGUAAGAGCUCAGACCUGUGGGCCCUCGGCUGCAUCAUCUACCAGCUCGUGGCGGGACUGCCGCCCUUCCGGGCAGGAAACGAGUAUCUUAUAUUUCAGAAGAUCAUUAAGUUGGAAUAUGACUUUCCGGAAAAAUUCUUCCCUAAGGCCAGAGACCUCGUGGAAAAGCUCCUGGUUUUAGAUGCUACAAAGAGAUUAGGCUGUGAAGAAAUGGGCGGGUACAGUCCUCUGAAGGCCCAUCCCUUCUUUGAGUCCAUUACAUGGGAGAAUCUGCACCACCAGACGCCCCCGAAGCUCACGGCAUACUUACCCGCCAUGUCCGAAGACGACGAGGACUGCUACGGGAAUUACGACAACCUCCUGAGCCAGUUUGGCUGCAUGCAGGUGUCCUCCUCCUCCCACUCCCUGUCUGCCGCAGACCCGGGCCCGCCCCCCAGGGCCGGCAGCAACAUCGAGCAGUACAUCCACGACCUGGACAGCAAUUCUUUUGAACUGGACUUGCAGUUUUCCGAGGAGGAGAAGCGGUUGUUGCUGGAGAAGCAGGCCAGUGGGAACCCUUGGCACCAGUUUGUAGAAAACAACUUAAUACUGAAGAUGGGCCCAGUAGACAAGCGGAAGGGCUUAUUUGCACGGCGGCGACAGCUGCUGCUCACGGAAGGGCCUCACCUGUACUACGUGGAUCCUGUCAACAGAGUCCUGAAGGGCGAGAUCCCGUGGUCGCAGGAGCUCCGGCCAGAGGCCAAGAAUUUUAAGACCUUCUUUGUCCACACGCCCAACAGGACGUAUUACCUGAUGGACCCGAGCGGGAAUGCUCACAAGUGGUGCAGAAAGAUCCAGGAGGUGUGGCGGCACAGAUACCAGAGCCCACCGGACGCUGCCGUGCAGUGAGCGCCUGCGUGCGCGCCAGGACCCGUGUCCCGUGUGGCCCGGCCGCCGCGGGGUGCUUCCAGACCACCUGCCGGCCACCUCCAGGGCGCCGACGGCGGGCCGGGCAGCUUUUUAUUUAAAAGAAAAGAAAAAAAAAAAAAAAACCCAACCAUACAAAGAACAAAUCAACGCCGAAAGGAAUUCAGGGCCGCUUUGCUUGUUCCCUCUGCCCUGCGGAUGCCCGUGUCCCCGCCUGCGGGCCCUGCGCCCGCAGCCACAGCUCCCGUGUGCCGGGGCCCCUGGUCCGCUGUGGCCGGGGGUCAGAUGUAGGCUCUUCCCACCCCGUGUCAUCAUGGAACUCUUCCGGGGUGCCCCCCUCGCGCUGGGAAGGGUGGGCUCUUAGCCUCUGGCCUUGGGCUCCUCCUCUCUGGUCCCUGAGUGAUGGCCUGUCCCUGCCCCCACGGCCCCUUGUCCACCUCCCUAUGUAGCUCUGGCUGCAGGAUUCUGGCUCCCGCUGUGCACCUGUGCGGGCCUGUGCCUGUGCAGGCGCCAAGAUGUGGACGUGCGUCAUCCAUGUGAAACUGGAGGGGCUGGCAGUGCGCCGUCACACCCCUCUGCGAACGUGGCAUGUCGGGGGGCGGGCGCUGCCUGCCGUGGGCCAUCAGCCGUCUCCCCAAGAGCCGAGCCGAGCAUUGCGACCUGGCAGCCCCUCGGAGGGUGUGUGUGGAGGGUGCAAGGGCAGACCUCCCCGCUUGGUUACGUAGGGCGAUGCAUGUGGGUCAGGCCAUGCCUGCAGGGCUGAGGCGGGGCAGCCCCCACUUGGCUCGGAGCCCUUGCGCACCUCCAUGGGACCGUCUCAGCGCCUUCUGGGCUGCUGGGCACCUGGCCCCAUCGGGACUCUGCCUGACUCGGGCUCAGGGCCUGCUGCCCUAACGGUCAGACUUCUCUCCUGCCCCUGUGGAGGCCAUGGCGGCCGGGACUCAGCAGUCUUGUGUGCGUGGCGGCUGCUCCCCGGGCAGAGAGGUCCUGUUGGCUGCGCGGUUGGCCCUAGGGGAAGGCGAGGAGGUGGGAGGAGCACAGACCGAAGUGGUGUGCGCCACUGUCACCGAGCCCCGGAAGGACUCCUCCGGACAGGACAGCACGCCGCCGCGCUGGUGACUCAUGGUCCUUGGGCCAGGACGGAGCCCUCAGGCUGGUGGGUGCAGAGUCCCUCUCGUGACCAGAGGCGGAAGAGCAGUGUGGCGCCCUCACCUUGCUCAGAGGGGGGGCCUGUGGGCUCGGCCAACACGGAGUGGGAGAGACGGCGCAGCCGGCCUGCUCGGGCGCCGAGGAACGCAGGACCCAGAGGGCUGCUGGGCGGAUACUGGGUCAGCCCACUGCCCCGGGAGUGCGGUGCAGGCCAGGCCCUUGCCUCACACCUCGCUUCGGAAGUCUGGCCUGUGUUCAUCUGCUUUUUUAAAAAGCGAGCCUUGCUUGGCCAUUUCUUUCAGGAAUUUCACUUCAGGCUCACUUCGUGCUGUGCCGCACCCUCCUCGAGCAGGCCGUGUCUGCGCGGUGCAGGCAGCGGGGUCAGCUGCCUGUGGUGCCCCCCCCACCCCGGCUGAUGGCAGGAGAUGGGUAGAACUGGCAGGGGCUGCAGCAGGGCACGCGCUGGGCUGCUGGGGUCACGACCCCCCCCGCCCCCCGGGCCGCACCACUACCUCCCGGCUUCACCGCCAAGCACCCGUCAGUCAUCUCCAGAGCCAGAGGUGACAGGGCAGGGCUGAGCUUGCAGCCAAUGGAGCCGACGUGACUGCCGUAGCUUAAGCCUGCAGCCACGGGCCCACUCUGGGAGACUGCUCCCCCAGAGCCCCCUCCUCGUGUGUCAGACUCUCGCCUGCACGCCUCGCCCUGUCCUCACGCCAGCUGUAGUUUAAUGCUGCCCUUCCACGCCACUGUCCCACGUGCGGGCACCUUGCGUUCCAAGACGUGGACGUGGGUGUUGGUAACAGCCACAGACUCACGGGACCCCAAGGCUGGACCUGCACGUAGUGAGAGACCAACCCAGGCCUGCGUCUCCCUGGAGGCAAGGACGAGCGUCAUUGCCCAGCCCCGCUCCCCCAGGUGGAGUCACCCCCUUGGUACAGACGAGGGAGGACAGCUGGGGGCCUGGCUGAGAGGACUGGCCUCGCUGGCUCAGGCAGCGCCAGCCUUGCCUCUGGGAGGGAAAGGAAAACAGGCUGCUGCUUUCCUGCUGCCUGUGCCCCCCCCCCCCAGUGCCACAUGGUGAGCGCUGGCUGGGGGCUGGCUUUGGGGAACGUGGCCAGGGCUGGUAGGCACUGCUCGCGCUCCAGUCCUUAGGGCCACUCAGACCGACACUCCCGGUGUCGGCACAGGCUCUGGGAGAGUCUGGACUUGCUUAAAACCAAACUUUGUUUUCUGGAAGUCACUGGAGGUUCACCCCACCCCAGAGGAGGCCACUGCGAGCCUUGGGUGUUCAGCUACCACCUCUCAAAAUUUGCUUUUUAAACUAAACUGGGAACAUACAGCAUCUGCCCCUUUGCAUCCAGCUUUUUCCACUUGCUGUGUUAGCAUUUGCCCAUGUCAUGCGUGGUGGUGCAAAAACAUUGUUUUUAGUGAUUAUAGAGCUGAGUGGCCACGUGUUAUCAUUUACCUGAUCAUUUCCCUGUUGUAACAUUUAGAUGGUGUCUGGGUUUGCACUAUUUAAAUAAUGCUGUGAUCCUUACAAAUCUUGAUUUUUGACCUCUUCCCCACCCCCACUGAUUCCCAGGAGUGGUAUUUUUGGGUCAAAGAAUUACUCAUUUUAAAGGUGAUGGUAGUCUGUGCCCAGAGCCCCAGUGCAGACGCUCUAGGCAGGCCCCGGGCCCCAGUGAGCAUGAGUUCUGGUAAGCCAUGUGUUCCAAAGGGUUGGAUAAGACUGCCUUUUUUUUUUUUUUAAUGCUAAAACGUCAUUACUGCAAUUCAUUCAUUUCCCCCAAAGCCUGUGUCCUUGUGUUCUGAAAUCUGGAAUCUGGUUAUGCUCGCAUGCCAGCUGACCCCCACCCGCUGCUCUGGCCAUGUGCUUGGUGAUGCUUCAGGGUCUCAUGCUCUGUCCACAAUGGUACUGACUUGGUGUCUGCACAGCCGGCAGAGAGGGAAAGGUGUUGAACUGACCUUGCCACAUGCUUGGUGGGUGAUUGUGAUUCAGCUAGACUCAGAGCACAGGACCCGCUUAAAAUCAGCAAGAGCGAAGGUUCUAGUGAAGGAGGAAUCACCUGGUGGUUGGGUUUCACAGAAGUGCAUUUGCCAGGUUGCUCUUAAAGGGGGGAGGGGGUGGUCAGUCAGCUCGGCUGGGUGUGCCGAGGCGGCUUUCCGCACUGCGGUGGUGUCAGGGCCUCUCCCCAUCUGCACCCUGGCAGGCUGUUCGUUGUCUUCAAGGCCAAACUGCUGAAGUUUGAUUUCAUUCUUACUCCACUUUAGUCUGGGGUCUGUUAACUCUGAGGGGAAACAUAGGAGCUGCGUCUGGGUGCUUGCUGUGUACACCAGGUCUUGGCCUUCCUAGUGUAGGAGGGCCCUCUUCCCUGGCUGGUCGGCGGGUGGAGGGUGCUUGCUGCCCGGGCUGCCGAGGCUGCGGUGGCGAGGCUCGUUCUCGCAGACGUUGCCCUCCACCUUCUCCGUGCUGUUUCUUUUCCUGCCCAAACCUGACCUGACGCUGGCCAGUGCCCUUCUGUCCUGGCAGGCCUCCUGCCCGUGGCCUCUGCGCCUCCAAGCGGCGGGCUGCCCUCCUGUGGAGAGCGGAGGCGGUGGAAGUGCUUCCUCGAAGCGUUCUGCAGCCCGGCCUGGUGGGCGGCUGCACGAGCCUUGGUGUAUACCUGACUUUGCCCCGUAACUUGUCUUCAUUAGGAAGAAUCAUCACACUUUAUGUACAGAGAAUUUUUACAAAAUGCGAACCAUUGUUAGCUGUGUAAUGCAUCCUGUCUAACCCUUCUGGCAAAUUACGAGUAGGGGUCACUUGGCUGGACAAAAGCCUUUCAUGAGCCUGAGUCUGAUUGGACAUGGCAAAGUUCAAGUUUGCAGUAUUUAGACCUGCUGUAUCUGUUCUUAACAACACAAUAUGAAGAGUGAGUAGGUAGCUGCCCUUCGGGCUGGAGGCAGGCAGUUAGGAAACGCGUGAUACUCUCUACCUGGUCAGUAGCUGUAACUGUGAUGUACAGGCAAAGCAAAAAUUUAAAAAAACGUAUUAAAACAAAUAAUGCAAUGAUAUUAGGAUAUACAUACACUUUUGUAUUUUUAUUCUUAUAUAAGGUUAUUUGCUGGCUAUCGUUGGCCUCUAGUUCAGUCUGUUAUUUAAAAUCUAAUAUAUGAAUUACUUGGAUUGAAUUCAUGUCCGGGGCCACGUUGUAUGUAUUGAUGUACAGCCUUGAAUGUGAAUAAUUAUUGUAAACUAUAUUUUACAACUUUUUUUCUGGCUUUAUUAUAUAAAUUUUCUAUUUGGUCAAUGAUUUAAUCAUAUAAUUUAAUGAACCUGUUUUGUUUUGUUUUUCAAAUAUUUGUGCUUCAGAUGUAGUUACCGGAUGAUGAAUUUUCCACGUAUGCUCGAUAGUCUUGUAAUAAAAGCGCAUGUAGAGUGUA